UUGAAUAUUCAAGAUGGCGAAUGAAGCUGAGACCGCUUUCCGCUUUUGACAGUCUGUCCAAUCUGACUAGCUACUAUGAAGCAAAAAUAUUUCUUUAGUUCUUCAAUAUGGUGUAUCAGCUACUCGAUGAUCUCAUGCGCAAGUAACAAAAUUGCUCAAAGAGGUUAAAUCGACAAUGUGGCGACCGCCAUCGGGGCAGAUCACUCGGCCGCCGGGAGCGCAAGGUUUUCCCCGUGCGGCAAAUCAGCAGCAAAUGCAUCUGGGAUUUCAAACACAGAUACCGCAAGCGUUUCCCUUGCAACAGAUAAUAGCCAGUCCAGUGCCAUCUUCACAACAUUUGGGAUUGCGUCCGCAGUGGGUUGGUCCAUUCGACCCAGCGACAGGUUUUCACAGCCCACCAAGGGGUAUGAUUCAACCUCCAGCUGCUCAGGUCCCAAAUAUUUCGUCAGCAGUACAGCAACAAUUGCCUUUGUCAUCUCCGUUGCCUUUAGCUAGAGGGGUUACUCCACCAGUUCAUCGGCCUGUUGUACCAUCUACUUUGCCUUCGCCUAGAGGAAUCACAUCCCCUGUGUUGCAAUCUUCACCGUUCAACAGCCCAUCAUGGCAAGUGAGGAAUUCCCAGCCAUCUGUAUUCACCUUAAACCAAGGACCUGUAGUUAUGGCACCUGCUGUACCAUCACCUAGAGCUCAUCCAUCCCCCACCCAGCAACCACUUGCGUCCUCUAAUUUUCUACCCCAUAGAGGCACCCCAUCUCCGACUCUGCAGCCACCGAUGUCUGCUAUUAUGUCUCCUCCCAGAGGAAUUCCAUCAUCCCCAAUCAAGCAACCUGUUCCCCCAACUGUGGUGUCACCUAGGGGAAUUGCAUCCCCAGUACUUCAAUCUUCACCUUUCAACAGUCCAGCGUGGCAACAAAGAACUCCUCCCACCAGAUUCCGCCCAAUUCAGAGAGGGCCUGUUGCUUCAUCCUUCCCACAACCAAUUAUGUCACCUCCUUCACCUUCACCCAGAGCAAUCCCUUCCCAAACCCAGCAGCAAUUUGCACCUCCUACUUUGCUUUCACCAAGAGGGGUCCCAUUGCAAGUACAACAUUCUCCUCCUUUCCACAGUCUAUCUAAGCUAGUGAGAGAUCCUCUGCCUGUUAAUAGCUUACACCAGGGUUUAACUGUUGCUGCAGCUUUGGAUAAAUGCAUUCAGGAUAAACAAGUGAUUGGUAUGAGCUCUCAUAUGCAACAGCCCAGUAACAGUGUAGGCUUAGGUCUAGCUCAACCCAGGAGGGAGAGUGUAAUUCAAGUACCACCUGCCAUGACUGGUCCUCAUGGAAUGUGGCCUCCUGCAUCACAUCAGCUCAGUGGACUGCAGCCACCUGUACCACAACAGUUUAGUAGGCUCCAGCCACCUGUACAGCAACAGUUCAGCAGGUUGCAGCUACCUGUACCACAAUACUUCAGCCCUGUCAAAACAAGGACGCCUGAUUUCAGUCCUGAUCGUAGAUCUUUUGGUCGUAAGAAAAAUUCUAAUCCAUUGAAUCCACAGCACAAGAGUGGUUUUCACAGAGAUGGUGAAAGAGGAAGAGAGUGGGGAAAUAGGAGGAACUACACCCCAGGUGCUGGUGGCAGGAAGAGCCCUAGAGUUUCUCGUUGUUUUUCUCCUCCUCCUCCUAAUGUUGAAAGAGUGGUAAGAUGUGUUGUGUCAGAGGAGUUUUAUACCAAAAAGCAGAGUGAUAAGGAUGAUGAUAAUGGCAAUGUCCAAGGGACAGAAAAACUCACUGAACUGCACAACAAAUUUGAGAAGGAAAUAUUGAACAUGCCAUCUUUGGAAUGUGAUGAUGACAAGAGUGUUAACAGCAGGCAGAGUACUGGUGCAAAUUCAGAUCUUAGUGAUGAUGAAUCACUUGGUGACAUUGAGUUAAAUGAGGACCCACCAGAGGAUGAAGAAAGUCUUCCAAAAUCCAGGUUUAGGCGGAAGUCAGAUGUCAGUAAUUAUUCAGAGUUUCUUGGCAUUAGUGAUGAGGAAAUUAACAGUGAUGAAGAUGGCAGUGAGUUUAGAAGUCAGGGGUUGAGUGGCAGCAGCUCUGAAAGUGAUGAUGAUGGUGAUGAUGAUAAUGAUGGGGACAAUCAGGAAAAUGGAGGCUUUGAUGACGAUGAUGAUGACCUGGUUGAGGAUGAGCAUGACCAUAGAGGCCCCAGUGUAGCAGGGGUCAGAGAAAGAAAGAUAGGAGAUCCUAGAAGACUUCAUCCUGAGCUUUGGUUUAAUGAAGCAGGAGAGACAAAUGAUGGUCCAGUCUGUCGAUGCAGUGCAUCUGACAAGCAGCAAGGAAUUCGUCACAGUAUUUACCCUGGUGAAACUGUCAUUCCAGCUUGUGAUCCACUAACAAACAACGCAGACAAGUUGCAUCAUUACUGGAUGACUGUCACACCACACACCAAUUUCAUGACAGAGAAUCCGAGUAUUAUCCAUUUUGAAGGGAAAGAUUACACUUUUGAGGGAUUUUCUAUGUUUUGUCAUCACCCACUGGAACACGUACCUCUUUGCUCUGUGAUUCGAUUCAAUAUUGAAUACUCUCUACAUGUCAUUAGCGAACCAGUUCCAGAGAAUUUCUGUAUUAAGGAUCUUGACUUGUUCUCACAGUUUCUGUUUUACAAAAUGCUUGAACUGGCAGACUGGGAGUUAAAAGGAAAUAUUCAAGAUUCUUGUCAACGAUACCACUUCAUGCCAAGAUUUGUUCACAGAUUGACAGACCAGGAAAAUGCCAUGAAGGACCAUGAACUUCUUCCAAUGAGUCAAGUGUUGUCUUAUAUUUUGGACUCUGCUGAACCUCUUGUGAAGUCCAGUGAUUUAACUCUCAGUGCUGAUAAAUUGGAUGAAUACAGCAAGUCAUGCAUCAAUUCUAUUGUGAUGAAUCCAGAUAAGAAACCUGCAGCUCUCAGGGUUGAUGACUUGCAGUUUUGUAAGGAUGGGGAAAGGUUGUCUAAAAUCAAGAUGUACCCAUACAUUGUCCACCACAGUAUCAGGCCAGUGCAGAUGAGUUUUGCUGGAGAUCCUAAGUAUCAGAAGCUGCAGAAGUCAUAUGUUAAGUUGAGGAGCCUUAUCUCAAACACGUAUGAAUUUCUAUUCCCGUCACCGUUGACUGUUCGAAAUAGGAGAGCAGGGAAAUUUGCUAUGCGUCGUGAUGUGGUGGUAGAAGUGAGCAGUCGAGGAAUGAUCAAGACUGGUUUGAAGUCUGAUAUCUGUCAGCACGCCUUACUGCUUCCUGUGUUAGUACAUCAUGUACGCUAUCACAUGUGUCUACAAACACUGGACGAGAAAAUGGGCUAUGUGUUCAAAGAUCGGUCUUUACUUCAGCUUGCCCUGACACACCCUUCUUAUCACCUCAACUUUGGCAUGAACCCAGACCACGCCCGAAACUCUCUGUCGAACUGUGGAGUGAAGCAACCAAGGUACGGAGACAGGAAAAUACGGCAUCUGCACACGCGCAAGAAAGGCAUCACCCAGCUGAUACGUGUCAUGUCCAACCUUGGCAAAAUGGAUGAGUAUAAGUCCAUGAUACGACACAAUGAGAGGCUUGAAUUCCUUGGAGAUGCUGUUCUGGAAUUAAUCAGCAGCGUUCACUUGUAUUUCAUGCUGCCACACAAGACUGAAGGAGGUUUGGCCAUGUAUCGCUCAGCUUUAGUACAAAACAAACAUCUGUCUCAACUAGCCAAGAAACUUGGAUUGUCUGAUUACAUGCAGUACUCACACGGCCCUGACUUGUGCUUGGAAGAGGAUCUCAGUCACGCCAUGGCCAAUUGUUUUGAAGCUCUUCUUGGUGCAAUGUAUUUGGAGAGUGGUUUAACAUCAGCUACGGUCCUCUUCACUAAUCUAGCUUUCGAGGAGCAGGAACUUAGAGAUGUUUGGACAAACUUGCCAAAGCAUCCUUUGCAGGCUCAACAACCAGAUGGUGAUAGGCACCUGAUACCUUCGUCUUCGAUUCUUCAGAAAUUAGAGGAGUUUGAACAAGCCAGCGGAAUCGAAUUCAACCACAUUCGUCUGCUGGCGCGUGCUUUCACUCACCCACAAGUCGGCUAUAACAACCUCACACUUGGUAACAACCAGCGGAUGGAAUUCUUAGGAGACUCCGUUUUGCAGUUCGUUGUUUCAGUGUAUCUCUUCAAGCACUUCCCUGAACACCACGAGGGACAUCUUACGCUACUACGGAGUUCUCUUGUCAAUCAUCGAAUCCAGGCGACGCUCGCCAGAGAGCUGGGUCUAGACAAGUUAAUCAACUUUGGAGGCCAGGCCUUUCGCGAGAAACUCCUUGCUGAUAUCCUAGAAGCAUUUGUCGCUGCGCUGUACGUGGAUAAAGGUCUCAGAUAUGUGGAGGUGUUCUGCCGAGUCUGUCUGUUCCCUCGGCUCGAGGAGUUCAUCAUUAACCAGGACUGGAUGGAUGCUAAGUCUCAGUUACAACAGUGUUGUUUGACAUCACGUGAGCAGGGUAAAACACCUGAUCUUCCACAAUACAAAGUUCUACAGAACAAGGGUCCUGCUCAUCACAAGCACUAUACAGUUGCUGUUUACUACAAGGGAAGAAGACUGGGAUCUGGUGAAGGCAAAAGCAUUCAGCAAGCAGAAAUGGCGGCAGCAAAGGACGCGUUGGCUUCGCACUAUUUUCCAGAACUAGCGCGACAGAAGCGUCUUCUUGACCGAAAGCAUCAGGGACGGCGGCGAAAUUACUGGAACAAGGUGCCGCGUAAAGAAAGGGAGAAAGACGAGCAAGAUGAAGAAGAUGCAGAAUACGAACCGCGCUGGGAGGAAAAUGAGGCUUUCGAAGAAAACGAUGACACCGACGAGAAACAAGACGAAAAUAUCACGCAGGAGGAGCAAGACGGAAAUAACACACAGGAGGAACAAGACGAAAUUAACACACAGGAGGAACAAGACGGAAAUUAUAACGCACCAGAGGAGGAAAAUGAACUCGCUGACGCAGUGCUAGAGGAUGACACAGUUGCUGCGUCACACACCUUGGCGUGACUCACAUGUCAUGUACGUCACGUAUCUUGUAAGGCUUUCUGCGCUGCAAGAUUGGUCAAGGAAUUCCUGUUGCGUUAUAUACGUGACAGAUUUGUCGCGCAGAAACGCAUUAUUGACCUUCUGACUAAUGUUGAGUCAAAUUAUGUCAAAUUCGAGAGCGGUUUUCUUGUUUUCACAUUGUUUCAGCAGAUAUUGAAAGAGUACAGUUUUAUUUAUUGUAGAGAAUAUUUUAAAAAUAUUGAAAGCAAAGCUAAUAUAUAUUUAUCAGGAUAGUUUUUAUGGCCAUGGACAAGUGUAAAAUAAAAUGUACAAGCUGACAAAAAUUUUAAAAAACAUAUCAACUUGUAAUUUUGUUUGUUUGUUUGUAAUUUAUUGGUAUAUCUGAGAAAACUACUUGAACUUCACGGUGAUUGGCUGAGAACAGUCCAAUUAAUCGUUAAUUUUUCAUUUGCGUCACAGUGCAUAUAAUAAACGAAUAAUAAUAUGAAAGCUCGAA